UCCCCUUUCGCUUGCCGAUCACGUGGGUUGCGAUUCUCAGAGCUGUUUGCGUUUCCGUAGCGCUGCAAGGCAGUUCUUUAGAGCGGGAGCGCCGCGGGUUCUGCGCCAGGAGCGUGGCGGCGGGCCGGCUGGGCGGCGGGGGCCGGGGCCGAGGAGGGCGGGUGGCGCCCCGCUAUGGCCCUGGGUGCCGGCGGCGCGGCGGCGGCGGCGGGGCCAUAGCGGGAGGCGGCGGCCGGUGGCGUGACUCCGCCGCGGGGCGGCGCGGCGUGGGGCUGCCCGGGGCCCGGCCGCCCUGCAUGGGGGCAGGGACCCGCCGCCGCCAUGGAGGGGGUGCUGUACAAGUGGACCAACUAUCUGAGUGGCUGGCAGCCUCGAUGGUUUCUUCUCUGUGGUGGUAUCUUGUCCUAUUAUGAUUCUCAGGAAGAUGCCUGGAAGGGUUGUAAGGGAAGCAUCCAAAUGGCCGUGUGUGAAAUUCAAGUUCAUCCCGCAGAUAACACACGAAUGGACCUGAUCAUCCCAGGGGAACAAUACUUCUAUCUGAAGGCAAGAAAUGCAGUUGAGAGGCAAAAGUGGCUGGUUGCACUAGGAACUGCCAAAGCCUGUCUGACAGACAGCAGGAUGCGGAAGGAAAAAGUAUCCACUUUCACAAAGAAAAGGCCUCUUGCUUACAAACUUGGUGUUUUUCAUGAGUCACGCUGUGAGACCUUAUGCCUUAGCCAGGUACAACCUCAACGCAAUGGCUACGUGGAAGAUGAGUUCACUGAAAAUACGGAAGCCUUGAAAACUAAAAUGUCUGAGCUUAGACUGUACUGUAACCUCCUUGUUCAGCAAGUGCAUAAAACUAAGGAAGCCAGCAUUUCUGGUGUGUCAGAACCAGAGAGCGGGAUUGAUAUGGGAGCUCUGUUGAAAUCAACUUGUGACACCUUCCUGAAGACUCUUGAAGAAUGUAUGCAGAUUGCAAAUACUGCCUUUACUUCUGAAUUAUUACAUCGGACUCCUCCUGGAUCCCCACCUUUAGCAGUUUUCAGAUCAAACAAGAUAAAACACUCAGUCUUGUCCAGUCACAUCACAACAGAAAGGCAGAUGGAAUUGAACCCCUGUGAAAAUGGCUCUGUAAAGGCAGAAUUUAACCAUCAAGAGCAAACCCUUAUUAAAAGCCUGGCGCAUUUAAACCUGGAAACAAAUGAGGGGAGCAGUGAUGUUCUGGUUGAAGACCACAUAGAAGAGGAUUUGGCAGGUGAAUGUAUUAAAGAAGAUGGAGAGAGCAAGCUGCAAGCUGUAGAAGGCUUUGGUACCCACAAGUUGCUGCAGUCAGAAACAGAUUCUGUAUGUGGAUUGACUUUAUCAUGUGAGGAAGACAGAAAUGAGAAAGAUUUUCCUACCUUCUUCAGUGUCAUGAGCAAUAGGUUCAGUGAUAUUGAACUGUGUGAGGAGGAGGGCAUACCAACAGAGGAGUUUUUGGAGUCAUGUUAUGCAAUUGUGCCUGUUCUGGACAAGCUGGGGCCAACUGUUUUUGCUCCUGUUAAAAUGGAUUUUGUAGGUAACAUCAAGAAAAUAAACCAGAAAUUUAUAACCAACAAAGAAGAGUUUGAUACCCUUCAGAAGAUAGUGCUCCACGAAGUGAACACGGGCGUAGCACAAGUUAGAAACUCUGCUACAGAGGCUCUCUUGUGGCUUAAAAGAGGCUUGAAGUUCCUGAAAGGAUUUUUAACAGAAGUGAAGAAUGGAGAAAAGAAUAUCCAAACAGCUCUGAACAAUGCUUAUGGGAAGACGUUACGGCAACACCAUGGCUGGGUUGUACGUGGGGUCUUUGCGUUAGCUUUAAGGGCGGCUCCAACAUAUGAAGACUUUGUGGCAGCACUGUCUGUGGAGGAGUGUGACGCUCAGGAAGAAACCUUUUAUAAAGGGAUGCAGAGGGACCUCAACAUUUACUUACCAGCCAUGGAAAAGCAGCUAAAUAUCUUGGACACUCUCUAUGAAGUACAUGGUUUGGAGUCAGAUGAGGUGGUAUGACUACAGCAAGACAGCGUCUUAAAACUUCAGGGACUGUGUCCAUUAACAAAGUGUUUUUUUGUGGAUUUUUUUGUUUGUUUGAUUCUGAACAUUAUUUCUGUUCGUCGAAUCUCUUCCAUUGAGAAGGGCACGAGUGCUUUUUGGGGAAGGGUACGUAUGAAUAUGUGUGUUUGUGUGGGUUUUUUUUUAUGCUUGUUUUGUGUUUAAAUGCAGAGGUACUGUUUCUCUUAAGGUCAUAGCUAUGUCCAUGAUGAAUGCUUUUGACUGAAUAGCUCCGCACCUCUCUUGCCUCACUCCCUCUCUUCUCUUCCGCUCAUAAAUGUAACGGAGCAGAACUUGGCCUUGGCCCCCUCGCUUCAUGUGAGAGCCGUGUGUGCAGCAGCACGGUCUGCACUAGCAGGUACUCCUGGCUCUGGCUGUGCUGUGCCAUGUGCCGGCUCAUGCGGUGACGCUAGCCUCCCUGCGACUGUGGAUUAACUGUGUAGGAGGACAGAAGCAAUCACAGUUACUGUCAUCCUGGUAGGAGAAGAGAAGCAGCAGUUAAAUGCCAGCUUAUCAGGUAUGCGGUGAGUUUAUUCCUCUCUUUUUUUUUUUUUUUUUUUUUUUUUUGACUUAUUUUGGAUGGAAGCACUUCUGCUGUUCAGUGCACCUCCCCAAACAUUAGAGACCUUUACCGCAAGUGUAUGUGGCUAGUGCUCUGAGCUUCCCCGGGAGCCAGCCUUUGAAAGUGGAUACCACGCUGUGUUCCCUGCACAGCUGCCAGCGUGUGCCACGUUCUCCCUUUCAGCUCCUGCCACUGGGACAAUCUGACACAGAACUUCCCCGGUGCCCUCCGUGGCAGCAGGAUGCUCCUGCCCAGGUACCUCGUGCCGCAGUGCGGGGAACCCUCUGUGCCCCCUGUUACUCACGGCAGAGGAAGGGGAAGCGCCUGCAUGGCCGCGGGAGGAAGGCUGUGAGCGGUGGGUGCUGUUUCUUUAGCGCUGGUGCUGCUGCUGCGUUCUCUGCCCCGUGUCAUCCCAGUGCUGGGAGAGGUGAGCCAGGGUCUUGGCUGCUACAGGAUGGCUGAGUGCAGCUCAUUUCAGUGGUGCUGCACACAUUUGCAGCAGCUGAUGGUCUGCUCUGAUGUUGAUUGUGUUUGUAGGCAGGGUAAUGGUUUCCAAGGUUCCUAAGUCUCAACUGCAGUCAGCAUGCCCUGGUGCAAUAGAAAAUCAUGUCCAUCAUCCUGGGUUUUGGGAGGGUUGGGGGGUGGGUGGGUUGGUUUUGAGUUUAGGGCUUUUUAAAUCAAAUUCACAUGAAAACAUAAUAUUUGCCUUUAAAUUGAAUACAGCUAGCAGUUUAUAAAGCAGUUUUUCUUGAAAUCCUUCCUAGUCUGGCAUUAUGGGCAGAGACUUCAUGAAAGCAGAUAUGAAAUGAGUAAAGCCUGCACGAGGUUAUAAUUUGUCACUGAGCCAUUAUGCAUUUGGCCAAUUACAAGCCUUUAAAUCCAAAAUUGUGUAGAAGUGGCAGAGUUUUAGGAAAGUAAGACUUUUGCUGCUUUUUUCCCCCUUUUGCUGGUACAGAUAAUAAUGUGCUCUUUUGCACAGAGCCAUUCAAAGCCCUCUGUCACUACUGAAAGACUCACUUACGCCUUGAACUGGCAGUAAACAAUUCACAGACCUUGUACUAGCCUUCAAUACAAGUUAGGAAUUUUGCCCUUUACCAUGUCACUAGUUAAAAGGACUCUUAAUUAUUAUUUUUUUUUUUUAAUAGCAGCAGUACUAAGGGUUGAAUUUGUCAUGUACAAGAGAGAAGACUGCUAGUUAGGUACUUAGAAGGGAGCAAAUCUUCAUGAAUACAAGAGAGACGUUUCAGUGUUGCCUUCUGCAGAGAAAUACUGGCUUUUGCGAGGCUAAAACCCAUUUGCAUCCUAAGUAAAAUGAAUGUGCUGCAGGACUGCUUUCUGCUGAUGCAGUGUUAGGAGCCUCUCUGCAUUCUUAAUACUUGAUCCUUUCUAUAGAGUCUACCAUUGCUAGCUUUAAGAAGAGCAUGUGAUGAGGGAAGAAAAGACCAAACAUCACACUUGGUGAACAAAGCAAGAUACCAGAACUGUAAUUACCUGUGAUUAAAAAGUGUAACUUUUCUCCCUCCCCACCCCCCAACAUCUCCUCUUAGAGCUGCUGGCUACUAUAGUUCCUACAUACUCCAACAGUAAUCGGAAGGAUGUAGGAUUUGUUUUAAAGUAGUAUAUAAAAUACUAUUUAUGCCCAGACAUAAAGUCAAAAGUUUUGGCCAAACUCCAUUCAGUUAUUUCACCAGUUGCAGUGCUAAAAAUGAAGUAGAGAGCCUUUGGGAUUUGCCUGUCCGCUUCUCUUGAGCAUGAAUGCCGAGAAACUGCACUUGCAGUACAACAGCCAACUCUCUGCCCAGCGUGGUUUCCUCAGGCUUUUCAGCUAAUAUGUGGUAAACUAGAAUAGCUCUUAGCUGGAUGCUCUGAGAAAAUAAUGGAGACCACAUUUCCACAUAAGUAUCAGUUGUGGUAGCAGGAGGACAGGAGGAGAUCCCUCUUUUGUAGAAAUUAAUUGUGAGAGUAUGAUGAAUAUUGACCUCUCUAUUACUCUAAGCUUUGGCAGUAGCAGCAAAGAGUAUCAGCACUUACGGACUUGGAGGGUGGUGAGAGUUUUGUGUGUGUGGUGUUUUUUGUUGUUGUUUUUUUUUUUCCUGGUGAGAGAACCACUAGUUUGGUAGUAGUAUAUCAAACCCAAAGCUUGAUGCGAAAAAUAAAGAAGCUUUAUUUCUUGAAUAAGAAACUUCCCAGCUUCAUUAGGCUGUUAGCUUCAGAAAUUACUAACUCCUCCUCUUCCUCUCACUCGUAACAAGUAGAGAGCACUAUGUGGUGGUCUGCGUAUUGUGUAAGUGGUGGGGCUUCCCGCCUCAGAGCAGCCUUUCUGGCCUUACUCCACCUGCCUAAAAGCCAUCUUUCUGAAUUUUGGAGUUGGUGCUUGAGAACUGUCUUAUGAGACAGUGACUUCAGGAGGCCCCUGUGUGCUUGUUAAAUAGGGGACUGGCCAAGAUGGGACUGAGCAAGGUCUCCUUUUUGAUAGCUCUCUGCUUUCACACCUUACAUUCCACUCUGCACUGCUCUGACAGUGAGCACUGUUAGUGUUUAUGAAUGCUUCUUUUCCAGUCAAACUACCACUAAGAAAGAAACCUAUACAGCAUGUUGCAGAGCUGAACUCUGUUUUCCACCACUAGUAAGGAUGCGAUAGAGCAGAUUGCCAAGCACAAACAAAUACACGGCUAGACAAUUCAUUAGUUUCUUUCUUUGUGGUGUCCGUUUGGCAAACAGAACUGUUCUUGGUUUUAAUCAUAGAGAACAAGCAACUAACUACUGACCCUUAAAUUCAGAAUCGGAGAGGAGGUGUGGUUGUAGCGUGUGCAUGUUUGUUUUUUAUUGCUGACACUGAAGAAGUGAGCUGUGUACUGAUAGGCAUCCAUGUGACUCUCAGAGAACAGCACCCUUGCUCUGUAUACUUUAAACAAACCGCUUUGAUUUCUUAAGCUGCACCCAUCUGAAGUUUUCCAUCCCUUUCCUUUGGAAAUGCUUUUGGCUGUUUCCUUCAAUGUCUGGCAGUUGCAUAUUCUCAGGGAUUUUACUUAGCCAUGGCAAAAUAAGAGUAAUCACAGCCUUAUCCUAGGGGAGUAAGGCUGCUUUUUGUGAAAUUAAUACAGCCGAGUGUAGAGCUCUGGUACAGCACGUGACACUGACACAUCUAUGCAGUGUGCAUCUUUGCUGAGACACGGUAAAUCCCAAAGCAAUCUGAUAGAAGUACUACCUAGUACUGAAUAAUGGCUGUCAGCAGAUUUUAAUAAGGAUCAUAUACAUAUCUUUGUAAUUUAGUGCCACUGGCAUUAGAGCAGAGCUCCCAAAUGAUUUCAGUCGAGUUCUGCAUAGCAGUGGGAGGCUUUUAUUUAUUUUAUUUAUUUUACGUUUUGUUUUGUUUUUAAAAACCAGCUAUGUUCUGGAGCCCCCUCUGCUAUUUUUAAGACACCAUACUCAGUCGCGUAUUGAAGUUCUGUGACAUGACAUUACAAUUGUAGAAGAUGAGCUGGAUACUCAAGUGCUUUAGGGUAAACAUGAGUCACUGAAACAUCCUGUCUUGAUACUGUUAUUGUAUGGGUCUCCCUUUAAUAAGCGCACUUAAAGUUAAGGGCCGUAUACCUUCACUUACAAGAUUUUGUGAAGCGUCAUCAGGGUUUAGUUACAGCAGUGUGCUUUAAAAAUCUUUCAUAGUUUGACAAUUGUCACUUGCUUGGCUGGACCUAUAAAAAGUUUGCCCAAAACAUGCUCCACUUAUGUUGCACCAUGCUUUGACCAAGGGGUGUGGACCAUUCUGGAAAACAGUGUUGCUUGUGUCCAUAUGCUGGACCUUCAAACCCUUUUUUAAUUUUUUUUUCUUUUCAUUUUCAAUUCUGUUUCUGCAAAAAGCUUUAGAGAACCCUAAAAUGCCUUUUAGACACUAGAGGAGAGCAUCAGCACGUUCCCGUCAGGCUGUCUUUCCCUCUUCCCCCACAUGUUCAACCUGUUUGCUGCUGGAGCUGCUGCUGUCAAGUUGAAAUCUUGUAGGUGCCCCAAAGCAGGAGUUCAUAAGUAAUUAAAAACAAACUUGGAAAAGCAGGUUUGAGUUGUGUGGCAAGCAAGCAAACACACAGCCAGAUGGAGAAUGUGCUGCUUUUCUUUGAAGUUUCUCCCUGGUUUGGCAUAUUUUGCCAAGAAAACUACUCUGCUUUGAGAUUUUAAUUUCACCAAUAAAAUUUAAUUUGGGACACUUAGGAGCUGGCAGUUCUACCUCUUACUAGUGAAAGCACAGGGAUUUUUUUUUUUCUUAAUGGGCUUAUUUCUCUUCUCUUGCCUAAAGAGUACUAAUAGAGAGGAAAAAAAAAAAUCUGAGUUUGUGCAUUUUUGCCACCCUCUUGUGGCCUCUUAGUGAACAAACGCUGCAAGCUUUGCCCUCCUACGUGCUCCGGGUGAUGUAAAGUCGCUGUUGUGCAGAGGGCAGCAAAGCACGCUUACUGGCUCCAAGCAAGCCCAUACAGUAGCCGGUCCUGCUCACGGUUCACCCAAGCCUUUAAGCACCGCUGCGAUUUCAGAACAUCUUCCCUCCAUUAACCAGUUUGGUAACUUGAGCUCUACUACCGAACACUUAAUUUUUCCUUUUUUCAGAAAGCAUGUGGGCUUCAGCAGGUGUUUAAGCCCAUAUCUCAGUUCCAGCUAAGAAGGCACGCAAGUACAAUCCUACAGUGAGAGAGUAAAGCACGUACUCCUGUGCUUCCCUGAAUCAGGCCCUGGAGUGGCUAUGCCCUUUUAUGCAUGCGCAUCUACAUGUGUUUCACUUGAACACAUGCUCACCUAUCUUACUAGCAGGCAAAAUGCAGCCCUUGACUAGCAUUUUUUGGUAGAGUAUCCCCCUCGGGAGUACUCCAGAUGUGCUAAAGGGUUUUUAUAUAGGAAACUUUUUUGCUUCCAUGUCCUGAUUGCUGUACAAAGUACUAGGCUUGCUUGCUUUAUUUUGCGUUGCAGCAUUCAGAGGUCCAAAAAUUAUUCUUUGAUACCCUUAUUUAAAACAGUCUUGAAAGUCUGAGAUUUAUGUCUACUUAAAACAAAGCUUAGCAAGUAAAUUGCAAUCCAAAAUAUAGUGACUAAACAAAACCGAAGUAGCUUGCUUUUCUUCUUUCCAUUCCUUUUUUAAAGCCAAUUUUGGGCAUUCGUUUUAUUAAUGCCAAGCUGGGCUUACAGUGAGCCUUACUUAGAUCAAUACGUUUUGAGAUAAAGAGAAGGUAUACAGCCUUCCACUUUAAAUUUACUUUGUUCUAAGGCUUGUUCAUGCCCCCAAAAUCAUCUCUUUUAUUUGUAGGCUUUGCACAAACUGCGCUGUUGUAAACAGUUCAGAUUCAAAAUAUUUUGGAGUUUCCAGUUUGCAUCAUCUCUGAAAUUAUACAGCAUCUGUCUUUUUUUUUCCUUUUUGAGUAUUGUUAAGACCUUUGUCAGACUUUUAUAUUAUUUCAUUAUAAUAAACUUAUUUAAAAUAAGCAUGUUUUAAAAUCUCACUUCCUCCUUGCAUGGGUUUUGUUUCUUUUACUAAAAUAGAGGGUCUAAAGCUCUCUGCAGGACUGACAGCUGUUCCAGGUACUGUCUGAACAGUCGGAAACAGUAUGUUUCUGGUUAAUGGAAACUACAUGUAUGUAUCUUUGUACAAAGAAUGUUUGAGCACAUGGAGUCUGUUUUGAUUAUGAGAAUAAAAGCUGCAUCUGGCA